GCCCGGUCCCCCGCCCCCACCUCCCAAAGCUUCCUGGAAAUGUCCUCGUUAUCACUUCCCCUCUGCAGCUGGGGGUUGGGAGCUGGCGGUCCUCUCCGCCCCGGGCUCACGCAGAUCCACUGGCGCGCUAGCUCGCUGGCUCCACCGCGCUGCAGUCCUCAAGCAGCGGCACCGGGGUUUACAGCGGGGUCCGGGCUUGCAGCUCCGCAGCGCGCAGAGCGCUCAGGGUCCGCUGCGAAGUGCCACAGCCCCCUUCCGUGCUUCUGCCGGCCUGGCCAUGAGGGUCCUCGGUGGGUGCUGUGGGGCGCUGCUGGUGUGCCUCGUCGUCGUAGUGUUUCCCAUCGCAGAGGCAAACUUUUUGUCAAAGCAACAUGCUUCACAAGUUCUGGUUAGGAAACGCCGUGCAAACGCUUGGGCUGAAGAAACCCACCAGGGUAAUCUUGAAAGAGAGUGUAUCGAAGAACUGUGCAAUAAAGAAGAAGCCAGGGAGAUCUUUGAAAAUAACCCUGAAACGGAGUUUUUUUAUCCAAGAUAUUUAGGUUGUCUUGGCUCUUUCCGAGCUGGGUUAUUCACUACUGCACGUCAGUCAAGUAAUGCUUACACUGACCUGAGGAGCUGUGUCAAUGCCAUUCCAAACCAGUGUGAGCCUCUGCCAUGCAAUGAAGAUGGAUAUGUGAACUGCAAAGAUGGCAGAGGUGCAUUCACUUGCAUUUGUAAAUCUGGUUGGCAAGGACAGAAGUGUGAAUCGGAUAUAAAUGAAUGCAGAAAUCCCUCAAACACAAAUGGAGGUUGUACUCAGAUUUGUGUUAAUACACGUGGAAGUUACCACUGCUCCUGUAAACCUGGUUUUGUUCUACUUUCAAAUAAAAAGGACUGCAAAGAUGUGGAUGAAUGCUCUGUGAAGCCUGGCAUUUGUGGCACAGCUGUGUGCAAGAACUUCCCAGGAGACUUUGAAUGUGAAUGUCCUGAAGGUUACAGAUACGAUCCCACAUCAAAGUCUUGUGAAGAUGUGGAUGAAUGCUCUGACAACCUGUGUGCUCAGCUUUGUGUCAAUUACCCUGGAGGUUAUUCUUGUUACUGUGAUGGGAAGAAAGGGUUUAAACUUGCCCAAGAUCAGAGGAAUUGUGAGACUGUUCCAGUAUGCCUUCCCUUGGACCUUGACAAAAAUUAUGAACUACUUUACUUGGCACAGCAGUUUGCAGGGGUUGUUUUAUAUCUAAAAUUUCGCUUACCGGAUGUCAUCAGAUUUUCAGCCACAUUUGAUUUCCGGACAUAUGAUUCAGAAGGUGUUAUACUUUACGCAGAAUCUGUUGACCACUCGGCUUGGUUCCUGAUUGCAGUUCGUGAUGGAAAGCUUGAAAUUCAGGUUAAGAAUAAACAUACAACCCAGAUCACAACUGGAGGCCAAGUUAUUAAUAAUGGUGUGUGGAAUAUGGUCUCUGUGGAAGAAUUAGAAAAGAGUAUUAGUGUGAAAAUAGCUAAAGAAGCCACAAUGAAUAUAAAUAUACCAACAAGCCUUUUUGAGUCUACAAAUGGAUCUGUAGAAACCAAAGUAUACUUUGCAGGAUUGCCUCGGAAAGUGGAGGAUACACUCAUUAAACCGAUUAAUCCUCGUCUAGAUGGAUGUAUACGAGGCUGGAAUUUGAUGAAUCAAGGAACUUCAAGAGUAGAGAAAGUUAUUCAAGAAAAACAAAAUAAACAUUGUUUCAUCACUGUGGAAAAGGGCUCCUAUUACCCUGGUUCUGGAGUUGCUCAAUUUGACAUUGAUUACUAUGAUGUAUUGAAUCCCGAGGCUUGGCAAAUAAAUGUGACUUUGAAUAUUCGCCCAUCUACGGGUACUGGCGUUAUGUUUGCCUUGGUUUCUGGUGACACAGUGCCUUUUGCCUUGUCCUUGGUGGACUCUUCCUCUGAAAAGCUUCAGGAUAUCUUGGUAUCUGUUGGAAACGUGGUAGUAGCUCGGAUAGAGGCUGUAAGUCUUUGUUCCAGUCAACAAUCCCAUCUGGAAUUCAGAAUCAACAGAAAAAGUCUGGAGCUGUCAACCCCACUUGAAGGUGGUACCAUCUCCUCUGAAGAUUUUCAAAGACAAUUUAACACCUUGGACAAAGCCAUGAAAGGAACAGUAACCACUUACCUGGGUGGCCUUCCAGUUGUUCCACUCAAUGUGACACCAGUGGAUGCCUUUUAUAAUGGCUGUAUGGAAGUGAACGUUAACGGCGUGCAGCUGGAUCUGGAUGAAGCCACUUUUAAACACAAUGAUAUCAGAGCUCACUCAUGUCCAUCAGCUUUAGAAAACAAAAAGAGUCCUUAAGUCAUCUUUUCUCUACUGAUAAUAGUUUCUUCCUGGGUGUAAUUAUACUUAUGUUUCAAUAACAGUUAAAGGGUUUUACUUACCGAUGGGCAGACCUUGAUUAUUUUAUAGUACUUUGACCUUCUUAGAAUUUUAAAAAGGUCCCUUUUCAAGAAAACAAGAUUCUCUUGUAAUAUAAAUCACACUUAAAAAAUUCUUACCUCUGUUGCUGUGUAGAAAUUAAAUAAUGUAAAACAUAAAAA